AUGAAAUGGAGGAUGAAAACCCUUGCCGUAGAUGAAGAUGAGUUUGGUUUGAAAAUGUCGAAUAAGAGAAGAUUAGAAAGUACACCGAUUAUAUGUUCUUCUUCAUUUGGAGAAUCAUCGAGUAGUACCGUUAGAAGAUUACCUUUGUCAAAUAUCACCAAUGCAUUACUUGCCGCUCAUAGAAGGAAAAUGCGCAAGCUUUAUCUCGAUGGUAGGCGGAAAACUUCAAAUAAACAAAAUAAUGUUCCGCGUGGUAGAGGCUCAUCUAAAGUUGUUAAAAGAUCCAACUUCAUCAACCAAGAGAAUUAUAAUCCUAAUAUUCCUUCAUCAUCUAAUACUUUCCACACCCUUCAUAGUGUGAAAUCUUUAACCACAACAACACCUUUAAGUUGCAUAACAAACGGUACACUUAAUUUGGAUAACCAAUUAACCCCUACUUCUACCAGUUAUCCAUCUUCUGUGCUCUCAAACAUUGUUACACAGAAUAGCAACUUUAUUCAAGCUUCUUCGUUGACAAAGCUUAAAUCUGGUAAACAAAAGAUUCUACCUAAAAAACGCGUUAUCGAACCUAUUCCAAUGGUAGAUCUUACUUCUGAUGAUGAGAAUCAAGGGUUACAUUGCAUUCAAGACCCUUUUAAAGGUGUAUCCAAAGAUUACUUGGAUCAUGGUAAUCAAAGCCUUAAAUGUGAGAUGUGUGACUCAUUAUUAUGGUCUGAUGAAGGUGGAAAAGGGAGAAUUACAUUUGGUAAAUUAACUUAUUACUUAUGUUGUGGUUAUGGAAAAGUUGAGCUUCCAGAAUUGAAAGAGCCUCCUUCAAUAUACAAGGAUCUAUUUGUAAAUUGUAAUGAAAACAGCAAGUAUUUUCUAAAAAAUAUCCGUCGAUACAAUUCUAUGUUCUCUUUCACAUCAAUGGGUGGAAAAGUUGAUUCGAACAUCAAUAGUGGUAAAGCACCUUAUGUAUUUCGUAUAAGUGGACAGAAUUUUCAUACAUUAGGUGGUUUGGUACCUGCACCUGGAAAAGAUCCAAAGUUUUCUCAGCUUUAUAUUUAUGAUACUGAUAACGAAGUUUCAAACCGGAAAAGACUGUUCAGUGAUUCUACGAAUAAGUCGGAUGGGAAUUUAAAGCAUAUAGAUAUUCAUCUAAUUAAGUUUAUAAAAGACUUCUUGGAUCGUAAUAAUGAGUUGGUUAAAAGUUAUAGAAUGCUUCGUCUCAUUUACAAAAGAGAUCUUGAUGGUCGUACUUACAAUUUGCCCUCAACUUCAGAAGUUGCUGCAUUGAUUGUUGGUGAUCUCGAACGAAUAAUUGAUCAUCGUGAUAUUGUUGUUGAGUCGCACACUGACGGUCUUCAACGAAUUAGUGAACUUCAUCCAUCGUAUUUAGCUCUUCAGUAUCCAAUCCUUUUUCCCAAUGGUGAUGACGGAUAUAGAAUAGACAUUCCACAUAGGGACGGUGUACGGACCUUAAAAAAAAUUAGACCCAAAUGUACAAUGAGAGAAUUCUUUGCUUAUAGAAUUCAGGAUAGAUCAACUUCUUUUUCUCUAAUUUUAAAUGCUCGGAGACUGUUCCAACAAUUUUUAGUAGAUGCAUACACCAUGAUUGAGAGUGAAAGGCUUAAUUAUAUCCGAUUUCAGCAGAAACAUCUUAGGUCUGAAACAUAUGAGAAUCUCCAAAAGUUGAACAAUCAAGGAACAAAUGAUUUAUCUAAUACCGGUAUACGGGUAGUCUUACCAUCAUCUUUUACCGGUGGUUCUCGGUACAUGCAGCAAAACUAUCUUGAUGCUAUGGCUAUAUGUAAAUGGUUUGGAUAUCCGGAUUUUUUUAUUACGGUUACAUGUAAUCCGAAGUGGCCAGAGAUUAAACGAUAUCUUCGAGAUACUUCAAUCAACCCUGAGGAUAGACCAGACAUUUUGUGUCGAUUGUUUAAGAUAAAGCUAGAUUCAAUUACAAAGGAUCUGAAGGACAAAAAAAUAUUUGGAGAACUAAGCGCAGCCGUUUAUACUGUUGAAUUUCAAAAACGUGGAUUGCCUCAUGCUCACAUUUGCAUUUUCUUGAAACCGGAAUCCAAACUUCUGUCCAUUGAUCAUUUAGACAAAUUUGUUUCUGCUGAGAUACCGGACAAAAUGGAAGAUCCUAGCCUCUAUGCCAUUGUAUCCGAAUUUAUGAUUCAUGGUCCAUGUGGGAAUGCAAAUCCAAAUUGUCCUUGUAUGGUUGAUAGUAGAUGCUCAAAGAAUUAUCCAAAAAAAUUCAACCCGGAAACAACCACAGAUGCUGAUGGUUUCCCUGUAUAUAGAAGAAGAGACAAUGGUAACACUAUUAUAAAGUCUAAAGUUCAAUUAGACAACAGAAGUGUUGUUCCUUAUAGUCCUGUUCUUUUAAAAAGAUACCAGGCCCACAUUAAUGUUGAAUGGUGCAAUCAAGCUGGUUCUAUCAAAUAUCUGUUUAAGUACAUUAAUAAAGGUGCAGACAGAGCUUCGCUUGUCGUGUCAAACAGAGAUGGUAUAGAAAAUGAAGAAAAGGCAAAGGAUGAGAUCAAAGCCUAUUAUGAUUGUAGGUAUGUUUCCACCUGUGAAGCUUCAUGGAGGAUAUUUGCAAAUGAAGUUCACUACAGGUUUCCUCCAGUUAUGAGACUUCCUUUUCAUCUUGAAGGUCAACAACAUGUUGUGUUUGGAGCUGAAGACGAUAUAGAGGUUGUUUUGGAAAAGCCAUCAGUCUCGUCUUCGAUUUUUCUAAAGUGGUUUGAGAUGAACAUAAACGAUGAAGAAGCCCGCAAACUUACUUAUGUUGAGUUUCCUACUAAAUUCUGUUGGAAAUUAAAAGAUAGACGAUGGGCACCACGUAAAAGAAAACUGUUACAGCUCGGACGCAUUCAUUCGGUGUCCCCUGCACUGGGUGAACCGUAUUUUCUUAGAAUUCUGUUAAACAAAGUAAAAGGACCAAGAUCAUUUGAAGAAAUUAGAACGGUUGAUGGUCAGUUGUUUCCAACUUUCAGAGAUGCGUGUUACGCUAUGGGUUUGUUGGAUGAUGACAUGGAAUAUAUUGAAGCUAUCAAAGAAGCCAGUUUUGUGCAAGAUGGUCGUUCUACUCGUGCACUAUUCGUUACUUUGCUUUUGUCAAACACGUUAUCAAGACCCGAAUAUGUAUUUGAACAAACAUGGAAAUACUUGGGUGAUGACAUUUUAUAUAACAGAAGAAAAGCGACAAAAAACAAAGAACUUGUAAUUUCGGAUGAGAGAUUGAAGAAUCAAACAUUGGUGGAAAUUGAAAAAUACUUGAUCACAAAUGGUUCGUCAUUGAAACGAUGGCCAACAAUUCCUUAUCCUGAUUAUGAUUCAUUUGCUGUUGGAAACAAUCGCUUGGUUGACGAAGAACUAUCUUUCGAUAUUCCUCAAAUGCAUAGCGAGUUACUUACUCUAAAAUCUUCUCUAACUGAUGAACAACUCUCCGUUUAUAAUCAAAUAAUGGCAGCCGUUGAAGGUGAUAAAGGAGGUGUAUUUUUUGUUUACGGCUAUGGAGGCACAGGUAAGACAUUUUUGUGGAGGACGUUAGCCUUAUCCGUUAGGUCUAGAGAGCAGAUUGUUCUAAAUGUUGCUUCAAGUGGUAUUGCUUCCUUACUAAUGUCUAGAGGUAGAACAGCCCAUUCUAGAUUUCACAUUCCCAUAAAUUUAGAUGAGAGUUCUAUGUGUCACAUACGGCCUGAUGGUGAUGUAGCUUACUUACUUAAACAUACUAGGUUGAUAAUAUGGGAUGAAGCACCUAUGGUACACAGACAUGCUGUCGAAGCUUUAGAUAGAACAUUUAAAGAUGUGUUGAUCGACAAAAGCAAUAUUAAUUCGGAUUGUUUAUUUGGAGGUAAAGUAAUCGUCUUUGGUGGUGACUUUAGACAGAUUCUUCCAGUAAUUCCAAACGGAAGUAGGCAACAAAUUGUCAACGCUUCGUUGAGUUCAUCUUAUAUAUGGUCCCAAUGUAAGUUACUUACUUUGACCAAAAACAUGAGAUUGACUAUUGGUGCCGAUAAAUCUAGAUUGGAGGAAACGCACAAAUUUGCCAAAUGGCUUCUCGAUAUUGGUGAGGGUAAAGUAGGAGGCGACAAUGAUGGUGUGGCAACUGUACAAAUACCUUCUGAUCUUCUAAUCAGAGAUUGUUUGGAUCCUAUUGAAAGGUUGAUUCAAUUUGUAUAUCCAUCCGUUUUACAAAGAUAUAUGGAUCGAGAUUAUUUUUCAGAAAGAGCCAUUCUUACACCAAAAAAUGAGGUCGUACAUGAAAUCAAUGAUCGAUUGUUAGAGUUGUUUCCUGGUGAACCAACAGAGUACCUAAGCUCUGAUAGUAUAUGUCAAACCGAACAAGUUAAUGAUUCCUUCCAUCAAGAAUUGUAUUCACCUGAUGUUCUGAAUGGGUUAAAGAUAUCCGGUUUACCAAAUCAUCGUCUGGUUUUGAAAGUCGGUGUUCCAAUUAUGCUUCUUAGGAACAUUGACCAACAAAAUGGAUUAUGUAAUGGUACAAGGUUGCAGGUUACAUUUCUUGGGAAGCAUGUUAUGGAAGCUGAAAUUAUAUCAGGUGCUAAUGUUGGAACUAGAACGUUUAUUCCAAGAAUUACCAUGAUACCGUCGGACAAAAAAAUACCUUUUGCUUUUCAACGACGACAGUUUCCUGUUGCUGUGUGUUUUGCUAUGACAAUCAAUAAGAGUCAAGGACAGUCUUUAUCUAAGGUUGGACUUUUUUUAAAAGAGCCAGUUUUUACACAUGGUCAGUUAUAUGUAGCCUUAUCAAGAGUUAAAUCAAGAGAAGGUGUUAAGAUCCUAAUUCUAGAUAAAGAAGGUAAACCCACAGAGACUACGACGAAUGUUGUUUAUAAAGAAGUUUUCACGCAUUUAUGUUAA